AUGGCUUUGGCAUCCAUGGAUGCGUUGGGAGCCUUCUCCCACCUUCAGAACAACCUGCCCUCUUGGAUCACUCGUGUCUCGGAACUCGCUGCGCACGCAUCUGCCAAACACGCCGAAUAUACCGCAGCCUACAGGCGACACGCUACAUACAAACCCCGGCGCCGAAGGAAUAGCUCCGUAUGCUCCAUUCACACCAACGACGUCGUUCCGAUUGCACAACGUGAGGGCCCGACUUCGGAAGCCCUCGAAGCCAACACUACCACAACACUCGAAAACGAUGCAUCUAUGCCGGCGCAAACCGCUGGACGCAAGCGUGGUACGGACGAGGCUCCGUCUAUCGACUCAAGCGAACGAUACGCCUUCGUUAGCACCCGACACAACGUUAUCAUUGAGUACGACGGUCACACUCAAAAGGCCUUGGAGGAGAUUGUUCGAGACCUUGGAAUUGCCAGGAAUAAUAUCCGACGGGGGAAAAUGGGAAUGAUGCCUCGCGGAGGACUUCGAGCAAGUCUUCUGCAUAAGACCUCGGCGGGUGGUGGCCAGCCAGGAGAGAAUGGAUCGCCAUUAUCUGCACUCUCCUAUGUUCGCAGCACGAGGGCUGGCGGUGGUCUUGUUGGCGUGACUGGGUCUUCUGGGAUCCGUAAGGAAUCUCCCUUUGACUUUGCGGACAAACAGCUAGAGCUUGCCCACGGACUCUGCGAGACCGCCGCGUACCAGGUCCUCCGAUCGGGUGACUGCGCUACAGAACUCGACGGUGUGGAAGAAAAGUUCAAAAUGCUACUGGAAAUGGCCAACAACGAAGUCAAGCGCCUCGAGGAGGAAAAGAAACAACAAGAAGAAGAGGAAGCCAAAGCACAGUCUGAAUCGCAGUCCGAAUCAGUCGAAGAGGACGCGCCCGCGAAACCACCGCUGACUCCGACUGCCGCACGACUCGCGCGAUUGGCCGCUAUCACGGCGGGUGCGAGCAAGCCGACAUCGACUGCGCACGCCACCAUCGAAGUCGACGACGCCUCGUCGAUAUCGGCGGAAUCCAUCGAUCUUUCUGCAUUCCGGGCUUCCCGAAUCCGAGUGUAG